GACCGGGUGACAGUGCUCGCUGGACUGCGGGGCUCGCUCUAGGUGUUGCGGCACGCACGGGAUGGCGGAGGCGCCUCCUGUCUCAGGUACUUUUAAAUUCAAUACAGAUGCUUCUGAGUUCAUUCCUCAGGAGAGAAAAAAUUAUGGUCUACAUUGUGGGAGUCAAAGAAGACUAGAUUCUAAUAGGAUUGGUAGAAGAAAUUAUAAUUCACCACCUCCGUGUCACCUUUCCAAGCAAGUCCCUUAUGAUGACAUCUCUGCUGUUCAUCAACACAGUUAUCAUCUUUCAGGAAGUAAACCUAAGAGUCAACAUACUUCUUUCCAAACCUCUGCUUCUAAUAAAUCACUUAAGAGCCUUCAGAAUCAACCUGGGCAGAAAUUGAGGAGUGAAAAGCAGCAUAUCAGAGUCAAGAGAGUACAAAGUCUAACUGACCAGACUUCUGAUGCAUCUGGCUUAGAAAGUGUGGACAGAUCAGAGAGUGGGACAAAGCCCAGAGAGCACAGCCCUGCUGAAAGUGAAAAGGAAAUUAUUGGCGCAGAUCCCAGGGGAGCAAAACCCAAAAAAGCAACCCAAUUUGUAUAUAGCUAUGGUAGAGGACCAAAAGUCAAGGGGAAGCUCAAAUGUGAGUGGGGUAACAGAAUGACUCCCAAACUUGAGGAUACUGGACCUGAAAAUACCAAACCUGUGGGGGUUAUCUACCCUGACUCUUCAGAUACAUCCUUUAGAAAAGGAGUACUGGAUGGGUCUGGGGCCAGACGCAACGAGCAGAGAAGACACUCGCAGAAAAGGCCUCCCUGGGAAGUGGAGGGGGCAAGACCACGUCCAGGCAGGAAUCCACCAAAACAGGAGGGCCAACGACACACAAGUUCAGGACCUAGAAACAACAUGGCUCCCAUUCCACCCAUUCCAAAGGAUAAUCUUAAUGAACGGCCAGCAAAAUCUGCCUGUAAAAAUGGGAACUUGGCAGUCCUCAACAAGUCUUCUAGAAGGGUUGAUCCGGAGAAAUGUGCUAUAAGGAGGCAGGAUCCUCAAGUAAUGUCUUUUCCCCGAGGCAAACAGAACCCCGUGCUAAAGAAUGUGGAAACACACACAGGUUCUCUAGUUGAACAACUAACUACAGAAAAAUAUGAGUGCAUGGUGUGCUGUGAAUUGGUACGAGUCACAGCCCCAGUAUGGAGUUGUCAGAGCUGUUACCAUGUGUUUCAUUUGAACUGCAUAAAGAAAUGGGCAAGGUCUCCGGCAUCUCAAGCAGAUGGCCAGAGUGGCUGGAGGUGUCCUGCCUGUCAGAAUGUUUCUGCACAUGUUCCUAAUACCUACACUUGUUUCUGUGGCAAGGUAAAGAAUCCUGAAUGGAGCAGAAAUGAAAUUCCACAUAGUUGUGGUGAGGUUUGUAGAAAGAAACAGCCUGGACAGGACUGCCCACAUUCCUGUAACCUUCUCUGCCAUCCUGGACCGUGCCCACCUUGUCCUGCCUUUAUGACUAAAACAUGUGAAUGUGGACGGACCAGGCACACAGUUCGCUGUGGUCAGGCUGUCUCAGUCCACUGUUCUAACCCGUGUGAGAAUGUUUUGAAUUGUGGUCAGCACCACUGUGCUGAGCUGUGCCAUGGGGGUCAGUGCCAGCCUUGCCGGAUCAUAUUGAACCAAGUAUGCUACUGUGGCAGCACCUCCCGAGAUGUGUUAUGUGGAACAGACAUAGGAAAGUCUGAUGGAUUUGGGGAUUUUGGCUGUUUAAAGAUAUGUGGCAAGGACUUGAAAUGUGGGAACCAUAUGUGUUCUCAAGUAUGCCACCCUCAGCCCUGCCAGCUAUGCCCACGGCUCCCCCAUCUGGUGCGCUAUUGCCCUUGUGGGCAAACUCCUCUCAGCCAAUUGCUAGAACUUGGAAGUAGUGGUCGGAAAACGUGCAUGGAUCCUGUCCCUUCAUGUGGAAAAGUGUGUGGCAAGCCUCUGCCUUGUGGUUCCUUAGAUUUCAUUCAUACCUGUGAAAAGCUCUGCCAUGAAGGGGACUGUGGACCCUGCUCUCGCACAUCAGUUAUUUCCUGCAGAUGCUCUUUCAGAACAAAGGAGCUUCCAUGUACCAGUCUCAAAAGUGAAGAUGCUACAUUUAUGUGUGACAAGCGGUGUAACAAGAAACGGUUGUGCGGACGGCAUAAAUGUAAUGAGAUUUGUUGUGUGGAUAAGGAGCACAAAUGUCCUUUGAUUUGUGGGAGAAAACUCCGAUGUGGCCUUCAUAGAUGUGAAGAACCAUGUCAUCGAGGGAAUUGCCAGACAUGCUGGCAGGCUAGUUUUGAUGAAUUAACCUGCCACUGUGGUGCAUCAGUCAUCUACCCUCCAGUUCCCUGUGGUACCAGGCCCCCUGAGUGUACCCAAACCUGUGCCAGAAUCCAUGAAUGUGACCAUCCAGUAUAUCAUUCUUGUCAUAGUGAAGAGAAGUGUCCCCCUUGUACUUUCCUCACUCAGAAAUGGUGCAUGGGCAAACAUGAGUUACGAAGCAACAUCCCAUGUCACCUGGUUGAUAUCUCUUGUGGAUUGCCCUGCAAUGCCGUGCUACCAUGUGGGAUGCACAAGUGUCAGAGACUCUGUCACAAAGGAGAGUGUCUUGUAGAUGAGGCCUGCAAGCAGCCCUGCACCACCCCCAGAGCUGACUGUGGCCACCCAUGUAUGGCACCCUGCCACCUCAGCUCACCCUGCCCUGUGACUGCUUGCAAAGCCAAGAUCGAGCUGCAGUGUGAAUGUGAACGAAGAAAAGAGAUCAUGAUUUGCUCUGAAGCAUCCAGUACUUAUCAAAGAAUAGCUGCUAUUUCCAUGGCCGCUAAAAUAACAGACAUGCAGCUUGGAGAUUCAGUGGAGAUCAGCAAGUUAAUUACUAAGAAGGAAAUUCACCAAGCCAGGCUGGAGUGUGAUGAAGAGUGUUCAGCCUUAGAAAGGAAAAAGCGGUUAGCAGAGGCAUUUCAUAUCAGCGAUGAUUCUGAUCCUUUCAAUGUACGUUCUUCAGCCUCAAAAUUUAGUGACAGUUUGAAAGAAGAUGCCAGGAAGGACUUAAAGUUUGUCAGUGACGUUGAGAAGGAAAUGGAAGCCCUUGUGGAAGCCGUGAAUAAGGGAAAGAAUAUUAAGAAGAGCCACUUCUUCCCUCCUAUGAACAGAGACCACCGCCGGAUCAUCCAUGACCUGGCCCAAGUGUAUGGCCUGGAGAGUGUAAGCUAUGACAGUGAACCAAAGCGCAACGUCGUCGUCAUUGCAGUCAGAGGGAAGUCCAUUUGUCCUCCUACCACGCUGACAGGUGUACUUGAAAAGGAAAUGCAGUCACGGCCUCCACCUCCAAUUCCUCAUCACAGACAGUCAGAUAAGAAUCCUGGGAGCAAUAACUUACAGAAAAUAGCAAAGGAGGCGGUAAUUGACUACUUUGAUGUUCAGGACUGAGAACUUCAAGAUGCACUAAGAUGAAAGAAUGAUUAGGUGGGGUGGAGAAUCAUUUGCCAGCAGAUAAAUCAUACGUAUUCCCAACUUCCUGAUGAUCUUACAGCCUCACAUACUGUCCUGUAUUGAUACAUCCAAAGCAUGUGUGUGUCAGAAAUCCCCUGUCCUCUGAUCUCUCUGUAUGAAGUGUCUCUGUGCAGUCAGAUGUUGACUGCAUGGUCACUAGCAAUUCAGUCAUGUAUUUGCAGAGGCUUCUCACACCUUCACUGUGAUUGCUUGGGCCUUAGGGGAACAUUGGGCUUGAUUUGAAUAGACCAGGAUUUUAGCCUGAAACCAGCUUUAUGGCACUUAGUCAUAGCCUCAGUUGUCCCAGUUAUCCACCCCCUCCUGAAAAUGCCUGUAACGUCAGAUGCACCUCACUUUCUUAAUCCAGACUGAUCACAGUCUUUGGAAAUACAUAAGCAAAUUUCUCAGUCUGAAGUACCAAACAUUGAAUUGGUACAUCGUAUCUAGAAGCACACGUGUUGUGUUGAACCCAGCUAUCUUAUCUGAGUCUUUUGCCAAAAACUCAGAGGUCUGUCAAGCUGAACUUAUUUUAGUGGUUCUCAGUACCAUCAGUUCUAGACCUAGCAAAGGGGUUGGUGGCUUUACAGAAUUCCAUUGUUUAGAGUCCAGGGGACACAUACCAUGUCACUGAGCCUGUCUGGUGAUAGUCACUUUAGUUAUCCACCAUGAUGGCAGAGGACAGAGAGUAAGCUCCUCCUGCCAGGUUCAUAUUGUAGCCUCUAUGUAUGAGCAGUGUAGCCCCAAUGCCUUCUCUCUGGUUGAGAGUCUCAGGUAGACUUAUAUUUCCAGUGUUGCUUUCUCCCAGGACUGCAGCAGCCAUAUCGGCUCCCUUUGUCUCUGAGCAUUGGACUUCUGUUUGAAUAGUCAAAAAAAUAUGCACAUUGUUCAGGGAUUAUCCCAGCAACCCCUGGGAGCAUUCUUUAGGCUUCUUUAAGGCAGGUGCACCACCAUUUUUUUUUUCUU